AUGGCUUCCAGUCCUGCCUUGCCCAAGAAGCUCCGGAUCGCCGUAUUGAUGGAGGCCGUCCAGGCCACCGACAUAAUGGGCAUCGACAUUCUCAACGGCCUCCGCAACCCGCCCCCCGAGAUGGCGGAUGGCCUGGCGGCUCUAGGCCCCGCCAUGGCCGAGGUCGGGGCCACGCUGGCCAAGUACCAAGACGACAUGAUUGAUAUCGAGUGGUUUUACGUCGCGAGCUCGCUGGAGCCCGCGCAUUUCUUCCUGUCGUUCAAGUGGCUGCCUAACUGCACCUACGAAACGUGCCCGCGGGACCUCGACAUUGUCAUCCUCGGCGGCAACAUGCCCACCUGGCGGCCCGCCGAGGCUGACCGCUUCAUCAAGGAGGCGUUUCCCAAGACGCGCUUCUGGCUGACUACGUGCACGGGUUCCGUCUGGCUAGCGAGCGCGGGCGUGCUGGACGGCAAGCAGGCGACGACCAACCGGGCGUUCCGGCCUGUGGCCAAGCUGCUGCACCCGAACGUCGAGUGGGUCGACCAGCGGUGGGUGGUGCAGGAGAAGUUGUGGGAGGGCGAGGGCGGCACGGGCGAGGUGUGGCUGGCGGCGGGCGCCAUCGCCGGCUUCGACAUGAUUGCACAGUUUUGCCUGCAGAAAUUCAACCCGGACCAUUUGAGAGAUCUUUCGUUCAUGGGGCUGGAUUAUUAUCCUGAGCGUGCGAUGGGACAGUACUAUGAGCAGUAG